CCCUCAGCCCUCAGCCCAGUGUCUGCAGCUCAGCAUAUUCGACGACGCCCUUUGAACCUCGAGAGACGACUUCGUUGAUCUCCUCGCUCGGAUCCCCUCUGCCUCUUUUUCGUGUUUCUUGCCAUCAAAUCUCUCUCUUUAGACCUAUUUCUUUCCCCCUCUUUCUUCAACACCACCACCCCCAAAAAACCAAAAAUGUCUGACGCUGUCAAGAACGCCGAGAGGGAGGAGGAGCACCAGACCUUCGAGUCUGCCUCCGCCGGAGCCGCCCUCACCUACCCUAUGCAAUGUUCCGCCCUCCGAAAGAACGGAUACGUUUGUAUCAAGGGAAGGCCUUGCAAGAUCGUCGACAUGUCCACCUCCAAGACCGGAAAGCACGGUCACGCCAAGGUCAACUUGGUCGCCAUCGACAUCUUCACCGGUAAGAAGUUGGAGGAUAUCUCCCCCUCCACCCACAACAUGGACGUCCCCAACGUCUCCAGGACCGAGUACACCUUGAUCAACAUUGACGACGGUUUCCUCAACUUGAUGCUCCCGGACGGUACCCCCAAGGACGACGUCAAGGUCCCCGAGGGUCAGAUCGGAACCGACAUCGAGGCCGCUUUCGAGUCUGGCAAGGAGGUCAGCGUUACCAUCAUCGCCGCCAUGGGUGAGGAGCAGGCCAUCACCUUCAAGACCACCGAUUAAGCGCAGCGUGAAGGAGAAAUGAAGAGAGAUGUUUAGAUGUCACAAUCUGCCCCGCCCACAACCCCCCACCACUACCUACCUUUCUAUAUUUUACUAUAUCCAAUUCAUCUCGCCUACCCCCCAUACGCCUGCCUGCUGUCAGGAGGUUAGCUCCUACCGUCCUCUUUUCCCCCUACAAACAAGCAAACAAACGGUUGUCAUGUUGAGGUCUAUCACGAAAACAUUUAACCAAGCCCAAAGAGAAUCGAAAAGUGCGA